AAUCAGACACUACCUAUACUGGUAUGCUACAAAUACUUCGAAGCAUUUGACUAACCCAUCAGAAUAAAGAAUUUAAAAUUGAACCAGUCAAAAGAUGCUUCAAAACAUUUGUAACAUUAUCUUGACCGCACCCCAAAGUCCUAGUCCUAAACAAUCAGAGAAGAGCAAAGCGGGUCUAGCAUGCUGACUGGCUGACCACUAUGCUUAAAACCGGGAGUGUUGGUCCGAAUGAUAAGCAUAUAAAUUGCACUCGCGCGUAUAUGUAUGUGUGACGAAUACACACAUAGAGACAUGCGCACGCAUACCACACACACACACACACACACACAUACAUCACAUAUAAAGUACAUUUUAUUUUAUAAAAUAUAUUCUUGGUAAUUGUUUAUAUUAAAAGAGGAACACAAUGUUCUUAUUAUAAAUUUAUUUUUAUCAAGAAAAUGUGAAUUGAGAAUAUAGAUCAUUGGCUUUAAUCAUUGUAUAUAUAUAGUAAUGAAAACAUCGAUAAUCUUUUUUUUUUUUAAACUUAACUUGGCAAAUAUUGCUCUAACAUAUCUAUUCUAAUUUUACCUCCCUCUCCCCCCUCCCAUCCCAUCUCAAGUAGUUACAUCAAAAAGAGCCGCGUGAGUUAAACGGAAAAUAUGACGACAAAAAAAUGACGCCGCUCUCUGAAGUUUGCUACUGUUUUUUUGUAGUUGCAAUCGAAUGCAUAGAUCAGUGUAUCAAUGAGCCCGACACAUUAAAGCGCGACGCCGCCAGUCGCGCCGCGGAGACAAUGUCUGCAAAGGCAGCGAGCGCUUUUCGUGGAAUCGAAGAUCGCUACCGUAAAAAAAGGGAAAAAGAGUAGGGAGAAGGGCGGGGAAAUUCACUUCUACGUUUUCUUAUGCUGAACAGUUAGUCUUUACGCUCCAGUCAUAGUGAUAACGUCGCUGCAGAGCUUAGAAAUCUAAACGCUAGGAGGAAAAAGAACUUUGUGCACAUUCGCUGUUCGACGUAUCAAAAUGAAUACGAGACUGAACGUUCUAAAUCCUAAAACGGAAAAUAUGUCUAACGAAGUUAUGGUCGGCGACGAGAAAAUGCAGAAAUGCCCCAAAUGUUCUUUGAUGUCUAGACGAAAAUUCAACAUGGAACGUCACUACAAGCGUUUUCAUGAGAAAACAUUUCCAAAAAAGAUAUGCUGCGGUAUAACAUUUUCUACCAAAGGUGAUUUUAACCUUCACAAACAAGAAGUUCAUGGUGAAAAGAAAAAGUAUGCAAACGAACAAAAUCAAAUGCAAAGUGAGAAUGAAGUUCCGCAGUUGUUACUCGAAAAUCUAAAUCCUCCAAAAAAACAUUUUCUGCUUAAAUGGCAGGAGAAGUCUUCUAUUGAGGCGGAAAAUCGAACACCGUUAACAGAAAAUGUUAACAGAAGAACAAAGUUAAGAAAAUGCGAACCAAAAAAAGAUAGAAAUUCGAAUUUGUUAAAUUCAGACGAGAAUGUAAAAACAUAUAUUGUUACAGAGUUCUCAGUAAUGGAAGCCAUUCAUUUUUAAGUUUUAUAAUAAUUCUUAUUGAAUUAUUUUUUUUUGUAUGUGAUAUUAUAAUACAUUUAA